AUGAAGGCUACAACUUUGGCAUUAGCUGUAUUCUGUGGUGGCACUAGUGCCGCUAUUUUAAGAAACGACGCCCUUGCUGCUCAAGCACUGGCAAAACUCUCGCUCAAUGUGGCUCAACAUGGAUACCCAGACGCGGGAAAGUGCACAUUGAAGAAUGUUGCUGUUCGACAAGAAUGGUCAACUUUAUCGGAAAGUCAGAAGCUCAACUACAUCGAUGCAGUCAAGUGUCUGGGCAAGAAACCGGCAAAAACACCGGCAGCAAUAGCUUCAGGUGCAAGGAGCCGGUUUGAUGACUUCAUUGUUACCCACAUUCUGCAAACGAUGAGUAUUCAUGGAACGGGAAACUUCCUCAGCUGGCACCGCUACUACAUCUGGGCUUACGAACAAGCUCUACGCAACGAGUGCGGAUACAAGGGCUAUCUCCCGUACAACAACUGGUCAAGAUGGGCAAAGGAUCCGCUCGCAUCGCCCCUCUUCGACGGCAGCAAGACCAGCAUUUCGGGUGACGGAGAGUACGUCGCUGGACGAGGAUCUUGGUGCCUACCGAACGAGGUGCGCUGCAUGGUCACCUUCCACUCGGCGAACGGUGGAGGCUGCAUCAAGUCUGGCCCGUUCAAAGAUUGGAAAAUCAAUUUAGGUCCCAUACAAACGACCGCGAAGGGUGUACCACCAAACCCACAAGCCGAUGGUCUGGGCUACAACCCUCGUUGUCUUAGUCGUGAUAUCAAUUCUCAGGCCUCCAACGAGACACGAGACGAGAUGGUUGUCGACCUUAUUACGAACUACCCUGACAUCCUUAGCUUCCAGAACAAGAUGCAGAACUUCACCCUAGGAGUCAUGGGCGUCCACAAUGGAGGUCAUUACACUAUUGGCGGUGACUCUGGAAUGGAUAUGUUCAACUCACCAGCAGAUCCAUCUUUCUAUUUCCAUCACGCCAUGAUCGAUCGAGUAUGGUGGACGUGGCAAGCCCUGGAUCUAAGAAACAGGCCGAAUACUAUUGCCGGAACCAUGACUUUCCUGAACAACCCGCCAAGCCGUAAUGCUACUCUUGACGAUGUCCUGAGUGUAGGAUAUGUUGGCAAACCAAAUAUCACCAUCAAAGACGCACAGAGCACGAUCGCGGGGCCGUUCUGCUAUGUGUAUGCUUAG